CCAAGUGAUCUGUAUUUCCCCCAGCCCAACCCCCCUCCCUCCUCGUGGAAGAUAUGGAAGAGGAAGAUAAAGCCGCUGGCUGCGGGCGCUGACGGCGCGCAGCCCGCAUGCCUCUGCCGCCACAGCCGCCGCUCCAGCGAGCCGCUUGCAGCGGGAUGAGAUGCAACUUCUGCUAAUUGGAUCACAGGCUUAAGUUGUAACUGGGUAUCUUAUUAUCAGAACCGAAAUGAAUAACUCAACGUACAUAAACUCUUCCUCUGAAAAUGUGAUGGCCUUGGAGAGCCCCUAUAAAACUGUCGAGGUGGUGUUCAUUGUCCUGGUGGCAGGAUCACUCAGCCUAGUCACCAUAAUUGGGAACAUCCUGGUCAUGGUGUCAAUCAAAGUCAACAGGCACCUCCAGACUGUCAACAAUUAUUUCCUGUUCAGCCUGGCCUGUGCUGACUUGAUCAUCGGCAUCUUUUCCAUGAACCUGUACACCCUCUACACUGUGAUAGGCUACUGGCCCUUGGGGCCCGUGGUGUGUGACCUCUGGCUGGCUCUUGACUAUGUGGUCAGCAAUGCCUCUGUAAUGAACCUGCUCAUUAUCAGCUUUGACAGGUACUUUUGUGUCACCAAGCCCCUGACGUAUCCUGUGAAGCGGACCACGAAGAUGGCCGGCAUGAUGAUCGCAGCUGCCUGGGUGCUGUCCUUCAUCCUGUGGGCCCCUGCAAUUCUCUUCUGGCAAUUCAUUGUGGGAGGAAGGACUGUCCCAGAUGGGGACUGCUACAUCCAGUUUUUCUCCAACCCUGCUGUCACUUUUGGCACUGCCAUUGCAGCGUUCUAUUUGCCUGUCAUCAUCAUGACUGUCCUUUACUGGCAAAUCUCUCGAGCCAGUAAGAGUCGGAUAAAGAAAGGAAAAAAGGAAGCUGCCCAAAACCAAGAAACAGUUUCCCCCAGCCUUGUCCAAGGUAAAAUAGUAAAACCAAACAAUAACAACAUCCCAACCAGCGGGGAUGGGUUGGAGCACAGCAAAAUUCAGAACGGAAAAACCAGCGAAGAGACUGUGACCAAUAACUGUGUUCAAGGUGAGAAGGAGAGCUCCAACGACUCCACCUCCAUCAGUGUGGUCGCUUCCAACUUGAAAGAGGAUGAAACUACCAAAGAUGCCAGACUGGCUUCUGCCUCACAAGACCAUGUCAAAGCAGAGAACUCCAAGCUGACAUGCAUCAGGAUAGUCACCAAGUCCCAAAAGGGGGACUGCUGUGCCCCUACCAACACUACCGUGGAGAUCGUAGGCACGAACGGGGAGGAGAAGCAGAACAGCGUAGCCCGGAAAAUCGUCAAGAUGACAAAGCAGCCAGCCAAAAAGAAACCACCCCCUUCUAGAGAGAAAAAGGUGACAAGGACGAUUUUGGCCAUCCUCCUGGCCUUCAUCAUCACCUGGACCCCAUACAAUGUGAUGGUGCUCAUCAACAGCUUCUGCACAUCCUGCAUCCCUGGCACCGUAUGGACCCUUGGUUACUGGCUCUGUUACAUCAACAGCACCGUCAACCCCGCCUGCUACGCGCUCUGCAAUGCCACCUUCAAGAAGACCUUUAAGGACCUUCUUAUGUGUCAGUACAAGAAUAUAGGAGCUACAAGGUAAAAAUAAUAAUGAAAAUAAUUAUGGAAAGGGUGGAGAAGUUCCAAAUUAAAUUUAAAAAAACCCUUGAUGCUACAGCACUUUAUGGUCUUCUAUGGAAUGUGCAAUCCAGGAUGUUAGUGGAAAUACUGAUAAGGGACAUCAGCUGUACCCCUGAGAACUACACUUUAAAACAGUUUUUUUUAAUAAAUGAAAAUAAAUCCUUAGGACACGGGGAUGUUUGAGAAAUUAUUCAAGUAUGUGGACUGGAGGCACAGUUCCUUACUUUCUGAGAGUAUUCGGCAGAAGGGCUUUAAAGUCUAUGAUUUUUGGGUCAUUCUGUGUAAAAUACGUGUUCUUUCAUUCUCUUUUUCUUGUUGGUUUUUUUUCCCCUGUGUGUGUUUAUUAUGUCUUCAUCCAGGUUAAAAAAAAAAACAAAAAAAAAACCAAAAAAAACCAACCCAAAUUUUAAUAAUAACUGUGUGGAAGAGGCAUAGGAGUUUGGAAGAUCAUUGCAUAAUCCAAAUCAAUCAUGGCAGAAAUUUUCUAAAGCUCAAAGUUGUCUAAAGCUGUUUUGCCACUGUCAUAUAAGAAGCUUAAUGUUAGGUAAAUCGUGAUGAAAGUUUUUUAUGUUGUUUAUGACACACCAUUUCCAACACCACAUCAGUUCUGAAAGUGUUCUUAUGCACAAUGUGUAAUCACUGUAUAUUGUUCCAAGUCUGCUGCUUGCCCCAUCCCAGGGGAGUUUGUUCUGUGACUACUUCAUCAUGUCAAGAUCAAAGUGAAAAGACAUGGUCUCAUCCAGAUUGCUACGUACCAAGGCUUCUUCAGCACCCAUGUAAACCAAAGUUUUUGAGACUAUUUUGUUCACUUUAUUCAUCACAUAACAUCAACCUGUGGAUUUGUCUUUUACCUUCAUCAGCCUUUUCUUCCUUUCUGUACCUUACUUGUCCAGGGCAAGACUGAACAUCAAAAGAAGCUGUAAAUUUAAAGGUCUCAUCCAGUCAGCCACCAUGGUGGCCAAACAAAGGGACUCAGCUGAAGAAUAGAAACAAAGUUAUUACUAGAAAAAUGAAAAGCUACAUCCAUUUAAAGUUGGAUGUACAGAGGAAGAGGCAUGUUGAGGCUUCACAGAAUGAAUAGUUAAUAUUAGAUGACCAUGCUCUUGACCUGUCAAAAGAUAAUUCUGUGAUUAAUUUAUUGAGGUAAAGAAUAAGACAGACUGACAUACCCACCUGGAUCAAGCUUUGCUAAUCCCUUAGUGUGAAACUGGGGUCCUUUCUGGGUGAAUCCUGCACAAGAUGUUUGCUUUCUGGAAAAUAUAUUGGUUACGUUGCCUUGUAUUACCUGAGAGCCAUAUUUUGACUGUAAGUGAGGGGGGAACACUAAUAAAAAUGCAGACAGGAAAACUGUGGUUAUAGAAAAAUAGAUAUGAAAAUAUCUUGAUGGGAGUCUGGCAAGGGUUAAGUUCAAAUAUUUUUUGCUACUUUACACUAGGUGAAAUUUAGAUCAUUUCUGCCCGACAAAGAAUUUAGUAUUCCAGUAUUUGAUAUUUACUGUAGCAAAACUAAACAUUUUGUGGACAGGUCAGAGGGUGUAGAUUACUGAAAACAGAGAUUGUCUGUGCAUAUUUUAUUUACCUCCUUCUCAGGAAGUUUUUUACCUCUAACUUCCAGGCCCUAACAAAGGUACAUUUAUAUGUUUUCUUACCCAAAAAAAGCAUAGACAGUGUCCUGAGGAUCUCUUUUCUGGACUGAAAGCCACCCACCCAACAGGACAGCAAUUAAUUCAGUUAUUUCAUGUUACAACUUCAGAGUAUUCCAAAACACACCUCAAAAUAGCAGCCUCUGAGAUUACAAAGAAAUUAAUCUUGCAGAAUUAAGUUUUACAUUUGACAAGCUUAAUGGAACACAGUGUCAAAGCACUCUGGUAUCAUGACAAUUUUCAUGUUUUGCAGUACAAAUUCCCAGCAGAAAGUGAAAACGAGGAGGAUUAAACUGCAGUAAAUUAAGGCCAUGUUAAAUUCUGGAUUAACAUGUCUUAAUAUGAAGUCAUUGAAUUUAUACCCCUAGUGAUUUCAUCCUAAUAUAACUGUCUCUAUACAGCGAAGGAUCUAAUUUUGCAACUCUCACUUGCCUUGAGUCAAACCUACUAUCAAAGUUUUCAUCUUCCUGCUUGUAAGGAAGAAUAAGUAAAUGACAAAGCUUGCCAAAAUGAGCACUGCUUGCCUUUUAAAACUUCAUUCACUACUUAUCUUGACAGGUCAAAGGAAGGACUUACACAUUCCCAGGUUUUUUUCAUUCUCUUACAGUGUUAGAAAAAUCCAUAUAAAAUCCCAAGAUAAAAUAAAAUCAAAUAUGUUCAAUUUCUAAAUUUGACUUCUUUAGAAAAGUUUCAUAAAAGAAACACACCUGCUUCUUUCUUUCAGCAACUGCUGUGGGUAUCAAUAGUACAGGUACUCAAAUUGUGUAAUAAUGGUUUGAAUAGCCAUACUUCAUCCUCUAACUCGGGUUUUCUGGCAGGUAUGUAAAUCCCUUAUUCUCAUAUUUGAAGCUAUCACUUGUUUAUAAUGAAUUCAUCUAACAGAUAAGGACACUCCUACAGGUUAAGAAGUGCAACAGAUAGAUUGCAAUUAUACUCCUCCAUCAUGUGAUAUGAUGACACUCAAAAUACCACAGGAAGAAAAGUAUUUUGGGGCCAGCAUUCAUGAAAAAAUACAAGCAAAGGAAAAACCAUAAUUUUGAAGUUUUCCAGCACUUUUCCCUAGCACCACCCUCACUUUUGAUCUCAGAAGAUGCUUUGAUUUGUGUUAUAGUAUAUUUAAAAGGCUUGCAGACCACACAAUCCUCUUUUCCACCCUGUAACAGUUUAUGGUACAUUUACAUUUGCAGACAAUUAAACAGUGUAAAAAUAGAUGACAUAGUGCACCUAUGUAAGGAUCCACAGGCAUGCAAACACACAACCCUAUAUGGUUUAUAUACAUUAAAAUUAACCAGCCAAUAUUCAAGAUACUGCAUGGAACCUUGUCUGCCUAGUGUGCAUUGCCAGCUGCUGGGAGGUGCAGAGCCAACACUUACUGCACUGUCUCGCCCCUCCUGAAGGCAGAGAAGAGGCAGAACGUGCCCUCAGAUAUUGGGAAACUCUUGGGUCUUCAGGUGGUUGUGGCUCAGUAAGACAAAAAUGUGCUAAUGGUCCAGAACCAAAAUAAUUUCUUCUUGAAAAUCCUUUGAGCUUUCAUGUCUUUCCUUUGUGUCCCAAACCACGCUCACCAGGUUUCACUUCCCUCCUGAGUGAUAGAUCUGCAGGAUCUAGAUGUCAGUCUUGAAGAGCAGCUCUCCCUGGGUAACUUCGCUUCCCUGGCUGUCACCUGCACCCUGUGGUCCCCAAGGCCCCAGGUGGCCCUGCUGCUGGAGCUGCCUCAUCUUCACCUUGAGCUUGGCCAGAGGAUCCCAGCGGCACGUCCACACCAUGUGCUGUGCUGGCCACUUCUGUUUCACAGAGAAAUCCAGCACACUGUGCAGGUGACUCAUGAGAACAAAAAGAAGAAAAAACAUCCCAAAAACUAUAACUGACAACAAAAAAUUGCAGCUAGAAAUUCUUGCCCCCUCCUUUUCUUCCUCUUUCCUUAUUUCCAGAAAGAGGCAGCCCAUGGGGAGUGAUUUGUGUUGUCAUGGGACAGCCCUACCUUCAUGCUCCAGGAAGAGAACAGCAACUUGGAGAUGCAUCAAUCCAGUGGGCAAGCUUUCUGAAUAUUAAAGAUGUCUCUAAAGAGAAAUGAAGAAAUGAAGAACGGAAGGAAGAAAAAGAAAAAAAAGAAAAAGAAAAAGAAAAAGAAAAAGAAAAAGAAAAAGAAAAAGAAAAAGAAAAAGAAAAAGAAAAAGAAAAAGAAGGAAAAGGAAAAAAAGAAGGAAGGAAGAAAGCAAGAAAGCUUUAAAAUUUGUUUUCCAGUGAGAACAAAAUCUAAGAAAAACUUGACAGCCUUCUUUCUGUUUGAUAUGUCCAUUUGAUUUAUUAGGAAUCAUAGGAUCUAUUGGAAGGAGUAUUUGAAUGUCGCCUGAUGAAAGGCAGUCCAAAGACAACAAACACAACUAUAUCGGUCAGAUUGCUUUUUCUUGCUUUCUUUCAUGGUUUUGUUGUUUUUCUUUUUUUUUUUUUUGCUGUACAAAAGCUCACAGGGAUGGGAGUGUUCAAGUGGACCCCAGAGAUCAGUUGCUUGGCAAAGCAUGAAGGGGACAAAAGCAAGUGCUAUCAGCACAAAUCUAUCAGCCCACUGCUUUAUAUUCUUCUGGUGGAGAAAAACGCAUUGACAAGAAGAGGUGCCUUCAAAAAGUGUGGCUGUGGUGAAAACAGCCCACACACCACUGAAGAAACUCUUGAAGUGGCCCAGCAGCUCCUGGCCUCUGAUCCAGGGAUAGGAGCAGGAGGGCAGAGACUUUUUUUAAUUUUAUCUCCUUAUGGAUUUGAAUGUGUCCAUCUAUCUAUGGGACUUGCUAGCAAAGUCGCUGUCCCCUUCCCCAGUUUUGACUGAUUUUGAGCUCUGUUCUUUAUUCCUAUGAGUGGGACAUUCCUAUGGAUGAGUGUUGCCUCAGGACACAGCUCCCAGUUUCUCCUGUGGCAGCACACUUUGAGUUUUUCACCUCUGCUGACAGUACCUCUCCUUGCCACUUCUAUGCCCCAAAAUUAAUCAUGGCAGUGGCCUAGCAGGACUGAAUAGGCAAAGCAUCCUGACAACCAACUUGCUGGAAACUUGGUAUGAAUGCAGCUUGGGGCAGGAGUGGAGUAGAGCCAUGCUGAUGGCUCUCUCCCCCCUUAAAAUACUUUAAAAAAAUCUUUAUUUUUUGACAAAUUGUGGAGUUUCUAGGGGCGAGAAUUUAAAAUUUUACAUAAAAAAGGACAGGGAAACAAACUCUGGCCCUGUGCACAGGGGGUGUUUGCUGAUAGUUAAUUUGGAGUUUGACAGUCCCAGAUGACAACAGUGCAAGCGGUAAAAAUUGAGAGGCUUAAAAGAAGUUAGCUUUUCUUUCACUACAGACACUUACAAGGGUAUGAUUUCUAUACAAUAUUGCUUUUUCAGUUCUGGUAUGUUACAACAUGCUCUAGACUUUUAAGGAAUCUUUCUUUUUUUUUGUGUUUGUAGAGAACCUUGCCUUGAAGGACCAUCAGAGAUGGUCUUUAAUUUUCUGUGGCCUCUCUUCUCAGCCUAUUUUUCCUCUUUUGCCACAGUUUUACCAAAAAGCUUUCCUCCUUACUUUAGCAAUGUCCCCUGUGUUACAGCUACAGGCUUGUAGUUUCACUUGCUUUUCAGGUGCUGUGAAUGCUGGUAUUUAACCUCCUUGACCCCACCCAAAAACUGCCUUCCCUAGCAUGCAACAUCCUCCUCCACUGAAGCCCAAGCUACUGUGUGGAGAGGCAAGUUCCAUAAAUCCUUUCUGCAUGGGCUUUAAAUUGGAAGUAAAACAAACCCUCCAAUGAAACAAAGCCAAAUCAGUUCUUUUGUUCCCCAGUUGUGUUAUCUCUGUGUUAGGCACAACAGUGGAUAAUGUCAAAGAGUGAAUGUGCUGGUAGUGGGAUAUCAUGCUGCCACAUGCACGGAUUAAUUUUCUGCUCUGUGCAGCAGAAAGGCAGCCCUGCCUUCCCUUGAAUCCCCUUUCAUUCAUGAGCUUACUGGCAGAGCAUUCACUGAGAGCCCAAACCUAAGAAUGUAAUUACAGCAAGGCUGAGUUGAACAUCUACCACGACCAAUGUAAUUAUUUCUCCUAUAUUUUUACUUCCCUCCUUUUGCAAUGGCCUCUUUUGCUACACUGUGGAGCUAGUGGGUUACAUGAGCAUAUCAGUCCUCCCAGGCCUCAUAUUUCAGAGUACUGGGUAGAUUUGUUAAACAUCUUUCAUUCCAGUAAUAACCAAAUAAAAGAAAA